AUGAAUCUGUUCGACUUCGCAACUGCCGGGAAGGCAGUUCUUGACAAGGCAAACGGUGCCUUCGAGGCCGUUCCUGCCGCGAAGACAGUCGGUGAAGACGCCGCUGUUUCUUCUGCUUCUUUUUCUGUUGAUGUGGCUGUGGAUCCUUCCUUGGGGCAGAAUUGUGCCGAUGAAGACGCCUCCGCUGCGACGACCGCUGGCGACGGUGCUGCGGCUUUUGCCGUGGAUGGCGCCGAUGAAGAACUUGCUCUUGCUGACGUUUCUUCUCUGCGUGCUGUCGCCCACGGCGACAACGAAGAUGACUUCAAUGAAGACGUUGACGGCAACAAGCCCAACGAGAAAGUUCCGAGUGACAGUCAACCCGAUGCGAAAGAUGGAAUCGAAGACAACACCGAACCUGUUGCCGCUGGCCUCCUUUCUGGAACCGUCCUCCUUUCUGGAAACGGCCUGCUUUCUGGAACCGGCAAUCGCUUCACUGCGGUAGUUCUCAUGGGAAACACACAAGCGGAGCGAAUCGGUGCCUGUUACACCAUCAAUCUCAGUGAGCAGCCAACUGGGAUUUGCCACAACCUUUGUUUCAACCCUGUGACGCAUGGCCUUUGUGGGGCAUUGGACAAUCGCGGCAACCAAAUUCGCUUCGUGCCAGUUGGGUUCCGCCUGCGAAGCACGUUUCCCGACGGAAUUGUUCAGGAGCAGACGCUGCUCUUCGACACCUUUUCUUCGCAGCCUCGCACUUACCUUGGUCGAAGCGCCAUUGGGCCUUGGACCACGACCACAAGUCAUGCCGACUAUGUUUCUGCUCUCGGUUUUGUCAUCCAGCCCGUGGAGUUAGGCCGUCACGCACGACUUGUAGUAGCCAACACGAAUUCACGCGUCUUGCCUAUCAUCGAGGCUUGUCUCUUUCGGGAUUUCGAUAACCAAGAAGAAGCAGUCUACUACGCAUUCAACGCCGAUGGAAAGCUCGUCAAACAGCGCGCUCCGACGAUCGCAGACACCAUCGAGCUGAUUGAAACCAAGUUCCUUGGAGACAGGAAGAUCUACUUUUCAGGAAAACUUGAUGAAGAGUCUGACAAGUAUGGCCCUGUGCGUCUUGAUUGGAAACCUCGGCGAGGACCUCCAACGACUCAGCAGCCGGAUGUUUCGGCUCCACGAACGGGAACUGAGAUCGCUGUUGUGACCAACAGCACCGUGCAUGGAUCCGAUCCUCCUCUCCCGUCAAACGUCAGCACGACUGGCAUCUAUUGGCAUACCCCUUGCGGUUGUCCUAAAGGGCAACCUUGUAAUUGUCGUGGAGAGUGGGAGUCGUUUACCCGAGUUGUCGAGGAGGACCAAGCUCGCCGCGCAGUUCUUAGUGCGGCGCAGCGCAAGAAACAGCGCCGUCAAGAUAGUCAAAAGUCCUUCAAGGAUUGUUCCUUGUGUUGCAUUCUUGUGGGGAUCAUUGCUCUCGUGAUCUGGUUUAGCGGUCGGUCCGAAGGAGUAAAUGGGCUCUCUAGCGGUACCGGUAUGACUCAUUUGAAUCCUUAG